UCCGCCAGGACUCAGUUUUAACUUCAAACUGAAAAUGUGUCUUAAACUAUUAUAUAUUCUACCUUUACUUGUCAACAUAGUUUACGGACAUGGUCAUACAUUAAAGCAAGUGCUAAUUCUGUCAAGACAUAAUAUACGAUCCCCGAGUGUCAAUGCAGACACCAUGUCAUUAUUUUCACCGAAAACUUGGCCAACUUUUACUGAAGAUCCUGGCUAUUUGACCGCAAAAGGGAGUGUACUGGAGAAAGCUAUGGGGAAGUAUUUUUCUAACUGGCUGAUAAAAGAGAAGUUGUUAAAGAGAAAUUCCUCCGAAGAUGUAUUUGUAUACUCUAACAAUAUGCAAAGGACAAUUAAGACUGCAAGGGCUUUUAUUGAAGGCGCUGGUUUUAGCGUCGAUGUUUAUUAUAAAAACACAACUGGUGAGGACCCAGUGUUUUAUACAGUACUGAAAAAUGAUUCGGCAGAAUUUAUUCAAGCUGUCACUAACGCUAUGGAGGCGAAAUUGAAAAGCUAUAAUUUGACAGAAGCUUAUCUUGCGCUAAAUGAAAUUGUAGAUCUUGACAAUUCGACGUUUUGCCAAUAUUAUAAUGUAUGCGACUUGACGAAAUUAACUAACGAAGUUAGUUUAGUCAUAAAUGAUCUACCGGCUGUGAAUGGCAGUUUACAAUUUGGAUAUCUUUUUGUAGAUUGCUUUUUGAUGGCAUAUUACGACGGCAAGAGCCUGGAUGAAGUAGCUUGGGGGAAUUACGAACGAACGACCAAUGGGAACUUAUAACCAGAGUAUUAGAAGAUUAUAAAGAUGUGAUUUUUAGAACUAAACCGACAGUCAAGGAUCUGUCUUCACCUUUAUUGGACUAUUUGAGCGAUGUGUUUGAAAAUGGAACUAAGAAAAUCUAUGUUCUAGUAGGACAUGAUACGACAAUAGGUGCGUUCUUGAGUUCCUUAAAUUUCAAAAAUUAUACUCUGAUUGGUCAGUAUGAGAAAGAGCCUAUUGGAGGGAAAGUAAUGCUUGAGAAGUGGUACGACGGAGUGGAGAAGAGGGAUCUGUUGAGAGUGCGCUUCGUGUAUCAGUCCACGGAACAGAUCAGAGAUGGCGUUGAAGCUAGUUUGCUAAAUCCGCCGCUAGAGGCGCUGCUUGAAUUGGAAGGAUGUGCUGUUGACACGUCAAGCGGGCGACGCCAAAGUUCAGACGACGAUCGGAAACCAGGCGUCGACGACGAUAUGUGUUCCGAGGGCUCCGCACCUGCCACUGAGGGCAAACUGUCUACCGAGGAACUUUUGGCUGAAGCGGCCAUGAGAAGCGCCCUAGCGGCCGAGAAGCAAGCGGAAGCCGUAGCUCAAGGAGUGGAGUUGCUCAGAGACCUGGUGGCCAUAUUGCGGGAGAGACCUCUCGCCGCGCCCUCACUGCCGCCCGAACAUCUUAUGCACCAUCACCACAGGCUGUAGCGUAUGCUAUAGCGUGCUGUAAUGUAACACUACAGUAUGAAGGCUGUAUAGAUACAAAUAAUAAAGACAUAAUUAUAGAGAG